UCCGUCACUUGCACGUGACUUUGUGUCCGGGCUUGGAAAAGGAGACAAGCAUGGCGGCCGUGCUGCGAUGGAGUCGGUAUCUUAUCGGAAGGCGGUGCAAGAAUGUUCCCUUUGCGAUUGCCUCCACGCGCUCCAUGGCCUCCAAGACACAGGUGGGCUUUAUUGGCCUUGGAAAUAUGGGAAACCCGAUGGCCAAGAAUUUGCUGAAGAACGGAUACCCGGUCAUUGCCACAGAUGUCUUCCCAGAGUCCUGCAAGGAAGUUCAAGAGCUGGGUGCCCAGAUUGUUGAUAAUCCUGCCGAAGUAGCGGACAAGGCUGACCGCAUUAUCACCAUGCUUCCCUCAAAUCCGAAUGUUAUUGAUGCAUAUACUGGCACCAAUGGGAUUCUCAAGAAAGUGAAGAAGGGCUCUUUGCUUAUUGACUCCAGUACAAUCGAUCCUGCCGUUUCCAAAGACAUGGCAGCGGCGGCGGAGAAAAUGGGAGCAGUUUUUAUGGAUGCACCUGUGUCAGGAGGUGUGGGCGCCGCCAAUUUGGGAAAGCUGACUUUUAUGGUGGGAGGAGCGGAGGAAGAAUUUACCGCCGCCAAAGAGCUACUCAGCUGCAUGGGAGCCAACGUGGUGUACUGUGGUCAGGUUGGAACCGGACAGGCUGCUAAAAUCUGUAACAACAUGCUCCUUGCUAUUGGAAUGAUCGGAACAGCCGAAACAAUGAAUUUAGGAAUCAGACUUGGUCUUGAUCCGAAACUCUUGGCCAAGAUCCUAAACAUGAGUUCAGGCCGUUGCUGGUCCAGUGACACCUACAAUCCUGUGCCCGGGGUGAUGGAGGGAGUCCCUUCUGCGAAUAACUACCAGGGAGGCUUUGGCACCCAGCUCAUGGCAAAGGAUCUCGGUCUGGCCCAGAACACGGCCACCAGCACAAAGACCCCCGUUCCACUGGGCUCUUUAGCUCAUCAGAUCUACCGGAUGAUGAGCGCCCGCGGUUAUGCCAGCAAAGAUUUCUCCUCUGUGUUCCAGUUCUUGCGCGAGGAGGAGGGACAGUAAUAUGUGCCUCUUCCUCUCCAUCCCAUGCGAGCCUUACCUUAGUGGGCCUGUCGGCACACAGGUCUGUUGCCAUAUUCUAGUUGGGAAGCGACUUUGGGAGUUGGCAAAGAUGGAGCAACAUGAGCUCC